AUGUGCGCGCAACGCCUUCGCUCCGUAGACCUUGCACCAUCUGAAGCUUUCAUGUUGCAGCCGCAAUUAAACUCUGUGGUGGUUAGUUGUUUGUGUUUUAUAGCGUAUAGUGCUCUGAUUAAAGGAAAAUUAUUAGUCAAGUUUCUCGACGCUCAAGUUAAUCCAGUGUGCAAUCGGACGUUUACGUUAAGUGACCUGCAAGAACUACUAAAAGCUACAAUAAUAUACAUCUGGAGCAAAAGGAUUGGAAGGAAUAGUUAUAACAAAAGACUUAUUAUUAAGCAAUAUAUAAUGGCUACAGUACAAACACCUCCUGAGCUGAAUCUACAAUCGCCAUUACAAGGCAAUCAAAACUCUUCGGACUUGGACUUAGUGGCGUUAACAAUGGCAGCUCUGCGCUUUGUAAACCCUUGGACCGUUGAAGCCAAAACAAAUCAAUGGCAGAAUCGGAUUGAACCUGGCACUGAGGAAGCUAAAGAUCGUAUCCUGUCCUUAGCAGAGGUCUCCCAACAUGACACCCACCGUGAUUGCUGGGUCGUUAUAUACGACCGCGUAUACGACAUUACUACGUUCUUUGAUGAGCAUCCCGGUGGCGCAGAUAUAAUGCUGGAGUAUGCAGGAAGAGACGCAAGUACCGCUUUCAGAAGUUCUGGUCAUUCAAAGAUGGCUGCAAAGGCUCUGGAACGAUUCUUGGUUGGAGAGCUACCUAUGCACGAGCGAAUGUAUCGUCGCCCGGGAGGAAUACGCUUAAGCGAUAUACCUGAAUAA